AUGUCCACAUUCUCCUUGGCACCAGCAGCGUGUCACAACUACACCACAACAAGUCCGAUCCUGGAGAUUGAGUGCACCGUCAGCGUUGGCCCGGGAGUCCAGUGCAGCGCAUCUCGAAAUGGUUUCAUCACAAUACAAACGAAGACCGAAUCAAUCACCAUCUUGUUACAACGAAUCAUCAACAAGAAGAGGAUUACAGUUAAGCCUGUCGACCAACAGCCUGUUCAAACAGUGGCAUCUUCUUCUGGAAGUAGUACAAGUCAAGCAAAAUUUUGGUUUGCAGGAAACAACGACCCAGACAAUACGCCCCAAGACGAGGUCGACGACGGACCAGAUGAUCUUCUCAGCAGCGACGAUGAAGAAACACCAGGAUUUGCAGGUGAAGUUGCGGGAAAAGCAGACAAUGGGGCAGAGAAUUUAUUCAGAGGGAAGAAUCAUGCAGGUCUUGAUGAGCAUGAAGACAGGGAAGGCGAUAUCGAUGCGAUCAACAGUGAUGGUUCCAACAACAAAAGAUCCGGGCAAAAGAAACAGAAAAAGCCGACUUCGGACGAAGAAUUGACGAAAAUUUGUCAGACACUCGCAUCGAAGACCUUGAAGAAAUGGAAGUUAAAGCAACACAAGGAAAAGAAGAGUUUAGAAGCAUUGCUUUCUAAUUGGCCUACUUUUUUCGGCCAUACCAGUUAUGCAUCCCUUGGGCAAUGGUCAUAUCGAGCUCUCGACACUUCAGAAAAAUUUGGGGGCCUCCAGCGACCUUUCCAUAAAAUGGGCCUCGCUAAUUGGUGGAAUGGAUGCUUAAAACGGAGGACUUCGGAAAACACUACCACUCGUGUUAAGGCACGAAUGGUUUCAGCCUUAGAGCCAGACUUUGAGAAGCUCGACUCGAAAGAGAAGGAGGCAAAGCGAAAACAAAUCGACAGAUACGUACUUCAGGGCGAGAUUAUUUCCCUGAUGUUCACUCGAGCCCCUGGUUUAGUUAUCACAGUCUCUGAUCUCAUUACAACAUCUGAGUACCAUGAUUUGUGGAGCAACAGACAUCGGUCCCCUGUUUCUGGUUUCAAUUGGAUAAAUGAGGAAUUAAUUCAGGACUCAGAGUUGUACUCAGAGUCAGUACAGAGCAUAUUCAGUCUCAUGCAUCAGCACUUCACGUUCAUCAGCAAUGACCCCGAACCAAAAGUCAGUCCGCCAAUCAGGCGAAUCUGGAACGACUGUCACAUCAUCCUGCCAUCGAGGACGCCUAGCUCGAAAGAGCUCGUACCCUCCUACCAAACCUCUCUAUGCGAUCAACAGUCGUUUGUCGACUCUAUCGAAGAAAGUACAAACGCCACCAAACGACGGAAGACCUCAAGACAUGCCACAUCCCAGAUUCAGGCAAAGCUAGGUACGAUUCAGAUGUCAGAAUACCUCCUCUUGCAGUUUGGGGCUUGCCCUGGCCUCUUCGUAGAAAACCAAGCUCUCGAUGUUACAAUUGCUGCAAACGUUCUUCAGUCACUCCAACAUGGCAACCGAGGCUACACGGGGUUGCUGCCAGUUCACUGCUGGACUACCAACUGCAACCCUGCCACGCCGCCUCAAGUAUCUUAG